AUGCCUUCCAGAUCCUAUAUUUCACCUCCAUCAAGUACGCAUAGUGAUUCAAAUGAACCACAAAACUUGGUGAAUCCAAUUGUUCUUCCACCAAUAAGAAGUCUUUUUGACGAAGGAAGAUUGCCUUUCUUUGUCGAUCAAGUUGAAGACUUGCCUUUCGGUGGUGCUGAUGACCCUGUUGCUCCAAUUACAACACAUCGUCAUGAUCCAGGCUCUGCUUUCUCAGAUUCAAGUUCAGAUAUAUCUUCAAUCUUCUCACAAGAUAGUGCACCAAUAUCACCACCUUUAACUGCUUCAUUGCAUUCAACUGCUUCAUCAGAUCAUUUUUACUUUGAGGAACUGCCGCUCUCUCCUCCUCCUCCAUAUUCUGAACUGGAAUCAUUCAAUCUAAAUCACAAUUUUACUAGUGAUGAUCCUUUCAAUUUUUAUUUAGUUGAAGAAGUUGCGUAUGAACACGCUUACGAAUUAGCUCAAGCUGCUUAUAAUUCAACUGAUCUAGACUUAGACUCUGGUGUGAUUGCAGAUGAUGAAAUGACCAACGCGGGAGAUUGGGAUUAUUUGAUGACUCGCCAAACAACAGCUCCUGAAACAUCAAACAUUAUGGAGCGAUAUUAUGCUGGCGUUAGAUUUUUACAAGAGCAUGGUCUUCAACCAAGUGAAAUUGUAUCACCAACAACAUUUCUUUAUUCUCAAAAUAUUGAGAACCAAUAUCUUUCAACAAGUAUUGUGUCAUCUGAACAACCAUCAACUCCUGAUGUAUCUCAACAUCCACCAUUAGACGCACCAUCAUCAGAAACUCACUAUGAAGAUCCAACUUUCAAAAUGGACACUCCAAUUGAAAGAUGGAUUGAAGAUGCUUCUCAAGAAGAUGAAGUUACUGAAGAUAAUGAGAGUGUUAAAACACCAGUUAACUCACCUUUGGUUGAUGAUUACGUUGAUUAUGAUAUGGAUGAGGAAUAUUUUUUUUAA